GCAGUACAAAGCCUGCUGUAGGGGAGCGCCGCCACAGUCCAGGAGCGGCACUUACCCAAUCGGAGAUUCCGGUCGGUUUCGGUGCGUCAGCCAUAUUUUACCCAUUUUUGUGUCCAUCGCGGAUCGCGCCGCCCCCCUCACAGUCCUCCACAAAAGUUGCACUAUCAUAUCUCAGCUGGUCUCCAACUCACCUUUUGCCUUUGUAUUAUGAUUAAAAAACGCACUAGACCUCAACCUCGCGUCCGUGAAGUAUCACUCGAAGUCGAGGACACUCCAAAUGACGAUCAGGACGAGGAGGAGGAGGAGAAACUACCCCUCGCAGACCUGCUUGAACUGCGAAAAUUACGAAAGAAUCGACAGGGAAUAGAUGUGGCUAAGCUAACCAAAGGAGACGUGAAAAAGAAGCGGAAGAAGGAGGAAGCUGAAGAAGACGAGGACGGAAAACAGGAAGAUACUCAACAACAAAAAUCACGGAAAGCAGUUAGAGCCAGCAACUUCACUCAACAAACGAAUGCCCUGAAUGUUGACAAACAUAUGAUGGCAUAUAUUGAGGAAAACCUCAAGGUUCGAUCCCAGCCUAAAGAAGACGACGAUGUGAAGAGCAAGCCUCUCGAUCCGCAAGAAGCCCUUUACCAAGUUCCUGAACGAUGGAAAGUCGAACAUAAAAAGUCUCCGGCGGAGGAAGGAAGUAUCACCAACAGUAUGGCGAUGCUGACUGCUAUUCCAGAGGUGGAUUUGGGGAUGGACACGCGACUUAAAAAUAUCGAGGACACUGAGAAGGCAAAACGAGUAGUGGCAGAGGAGCGGUCGGAGAGAAGGACUAUACCCAAGGGGGAAGAACAUCUAGUUGCCUCCCGCUUUUACCGACCCAAUCUCAAGAUGAGGUCCGAUGCAGACAUCAUGCGCGAUGCCAAAUUGCAAGCGAUGGGGAUACUAACACAAGACGAUCAGCACAAGAAAUCCAACCACGACAAACCACAGAUGGCCACGGACGAACUGGUGAUGGAGCGGUUCAAGAAACGAAUGCGUAAAUGAAAGAUGUCCAUGCUAAGGACACCUACUGCUGGUUUUAACUUAUUCGACUUGGUUAUAUAUAUAUAAGGCUAUUCACAGCAAGGGUUCAGAAGGUUCAAGUGAGAAGAGUCAUGAGCGUCUUGACGUUGGGAGUGCCGAGACCGGUGACUAACAGAUAAUAUCGGUCAUUAUCCAUUCGUGUAUCGGCACUCAUAUUGAAACCUGGAGUUCCACAACCGGGGUUGUUUCCUGUUAUAAUACCGUUGAAGCCAACACCACCUUUGCUAUAGAGUAACGGAUUCACGAAACCGAGAGGAGGCUGGCUGUUCUUCAACCUAGCAUCGUUUAACAAAGCUACGAUACCGGCAACUGCCGGGAGCUCGCGAACAUGGUAGUUUCCUUUUGAGGCUUGUGGAUAGUCAUGUUCUAAAUUCAAGCUUAUUGACUUUUUAAAAAAAAACACUACAAACGUCCUAUACAGCGAGAAGAUGUUCAAGGAUCCAACACAGCUGGAUGAAGCUGAUGUUCCAUCGACGAGCAUCGCUUUACCACUGGCUUGAGCAGCGAC